UGACAUCAUAAAAAGUUCUUGUGGACGGGAAAUGCUACCACACAUUUUAUACACGGAAGUUCCUGAAGAAGCUUGGGACCAAUUAAAACACGCAGAAGCUUCAUCUCCGGAAGAAAAAGAGAGAUAUAAUAAGAUGGUAUCAGCCGCAGAAGCAGCACAAGUAAACAUAGACGAAGUUAAAAAGGCUAAUGAUGAACUUCUAACGAAAAGCAAUUAUGGAAACUUCAUAGUCUACCUAAAACAGUUGCUGAUUAGUAGAUAUCUAUGGGAUAUUGUGGACGGCAGCGAGCAACCAACCUAUGACAUGCUAGCUCACACUCGGGGCACAAAUUUUGCUCAAGAAGCAUGGUACAAGUUAGCACGAGCAGCUGAUUCUGCAGAACAAAAAGAUCCAUACACAAGGUACCUUCCAAUAUACAAACUGUUGGAAAAAGAUAAACUGAUCCACGGUUUUGCUUACGAAUUUUUGAGGGCCUUUCCAGAAGCAAUCUCUGAUAGAAUAACAGGUGAUGGAUUAACACUUCUCCACUCUUCCAUUGUGCAAGGAAGAUUAGUUUUCGCAAAAGAUCUAAUAGGCGAGUUAUCUCAGGAACAACUAGAAAUAAAGACAGAUAAAGGACAACUUGCCAUCUCACUCGACAUGGAAUUGGUUAAACUCAUGGUUGACAAGAACAGUAAAUUGUUAUUGCUGGAAAGUGGGAGUGGCCAUAUCCCAUUUUUUACCUCGGCAAUUAAUGGUGACCAAGAAAUGAUGCGAUAUCUUUACUCAGAGACACCAAUGGAAAAGAUAGUUUCUAACAAUCCACUUGCCGAUAAAGAUGGUGCUAAUCUGAUUACAGCUGCACUUAGAGUUGAUUUAUAUGAUGUUGCUUUGGAUCUACUAAGGCGACUCCCAAGAUUAGCUACUAUUGAAGACGACAGUGGAAUGACUGUUUUCCAUGUAUUGGCUGGAAGGCCUUCAGCCUUUUUAAGCGGAAACCAAUAUGGAUAUUUCAAAAAACGCAUAUAUGAGAGUGCUGGAGUCAGUAGCAACAGACUAUUUAGAAAAGUUCUCACAGUAAUAGUUCCGUACAUGAAUCAACUGAGCGAUGAGAAAGUGAAACAUGGUCAAGCCGUUGAAAUAGUGAAGCUUAUUUGUCCUCAGCUUUCCGGCUUGGAUCAAAAUAACCUCACACGCGUAGGGGCAUAUGAAGCCAUUUACUCCACAACUGUUCAUGGGAUUGUAGAGUUUUUCACGGUGCUUACAAAUUCCAAUCCUGAUUUAAUACAUUAUAAAGAUGGAGACGGGAAAGGUCUAUACCAACAUGCUGUUAUUUCUCGCCAAGUUAAAAUCUUUAUGUUAAUAUCUCAAAUGGGAAUACAAAAGCAAGGUAGAGAUCUUUUCGAUAAUGAUAAGAACAACAUCCUGGAUUGUGCUGCAUUCUGGCAACCAUCAUCGUUGAGUAAUGUUUCUGGAGCAGCUCUCCAAAUGCAAAGGGAGAUACAAUGGUUUGAGGAGGUGGAGAAAGUGGUAAAUUUGAAAUACAGAGAGAUGAAGAACAAUGAUGGUACAAAACCUAAAGCUCUGUUUACACUACAACAUGCAACCUUAGUCAAAGAAGGCGAAAAGUGGAUAAAAGAGGCGUCACAGGCAUGUAUGGUUGUCUCGACUCUGAUUGCAACGGUUAUGUUUGCAGCAGCAUUUACCGUGCCUGGUGGAAAUGAUCAAACUACAGGCUACCCAGUGUUUUUGAGUUCAAAGCCCUUUCUCGUCUUUAUAGUGUCAGAUGCUGUUUCACUCUUCGCCUCUUGCACAUCAAUCUUGAUGUUUUUCACACUAUUAACGGCACGAUAUGCAGAGCAUGAUUUCUUAAUGUCUUUACCCCGUAAACUGAUACUUGGUCUUUUCUUCCUCUUUGUCUCUAUAGCAUUCAUGAUGGAAACUUUUGGAGCAACCCUUGUCAUUGUUCUUCAACAAGAAGUUCCUUGGAUUUACGCUCCCGUCAUUUGCUCAGCAACUGUUCCGGUUGUCUUAUUUGGUGCAUUACAGUUUCCUCUCUUUUAUGAUAUAGUUAGGUCCACCUUUGGGCGCCGUGGUAUCUUUCAUAAGAAUCUGCCGUCUAUCAGUGCAAUAAUUCUGAAGUUUUGCAGAGGAUCACUUCGGAAACUGCGUCACAUAUUUUGGUUUGUAGUUAAAUGGUUUCUUAUUUGUUUAUGCUACAUAUGUUGUGGCCUUUGUUAUAGGAAGGCCAAAAGAUUUAUUAACAAGGCUUGAACUUUGAAUUAUGAAUGUCAUCACAAAGUUUUACU